ACGUAAGCUAAACAUGGCGCCGUCCCGUGCAUCGGCGGUGUUGGUGUAGUAUGUGUGUUAGAAUGUCAUGUCGGUGUUUUGUCCACACGGUUGUUUGAGCACAGACAGUGCUUAAUUGCAUGCAGUAGGAGUACUGGCCGUUCCACCGUAAUGGCAGCCUUGGGGAAUUUAGGUCGCACAGUUAGACUUCUGCUUGGUCAAGUGGUGCAGCGGCAAAAAGCGGGCACGAGACUAAGUGAGACAUUUCAUCAUGGCCCGCCGUCGUCGACGAAAUCGGCCUGCUCUAUGAGUCAGUCAGCUGCCGAGGCCGAGCCACAGCUCAAUGAGGAUGAGGAGAUCAGUGAGGAGUUCCUGAACAGAAACCCCCGCAAUCUGGAGCAAAUGGCCCUCGCGAGGAAGGACAGAGGAUGGGAGACAGUGUGGCCUUCAAACCACUAUUAUCACAGAUUAGUGUACUCCCGCUCUCAGAACUACAUCACAGCAGAGAUCUUCGCCCCCCACUCAUCCACACCAGUGCUAUCCUGCUCCACAAAGGAGUGGGCCUUGAAGCGGGAGCUGCACUCCACCCGCUCAGUCGCUGCCUCCCAGGCAGUUGGAGAGGUGCUGGCAGCCCGUUGUAGAGAAGCUGGGUUCCAACGACUCGCCUUCAGGGUCGUCCCAUGGACGUUCCGCUCCGAGUCGGUAAAGAAGUUCAGGAUGGCACUGAAAGGAGGAGGAAUCAAGUUGUGCGAACCAAGAAGAAAAUAUGUAGACUGACCACUGCUAGGGGAAUUUGUCAGGAAUUCCACUAAAUAAAGGGUGAAGUUGUCUUGUCUUUUA